GCACCGAGUCACCAGGCACAACCGUGGGCUCCGAGUCAACUGGGAUGACCGCUGGCACUGGGUCAGACAUUGGAUCGUCUGGCUGGACAGCGGUCAUCGGGUCACCAGGCAUCAGGUCAUUUGGCUCGACAGCGGGCACCGCGUCAUCUGGCAAGGCAGUGGGCUCCGAGUCAACUGGUAUGACCGCGGGCACUGGGUCAGACAUUGGAUCGUCUGGCUGGACAGCGGGCACUGGGUCACCAGGCAUCAGGUCAUUUGGCUUGACAGCGGGCACCGCGUCAUCUGGCAAGGCAGUGGGCUCCGAGUCAACAGGCACGACAGUGAGCACCGGGUCAUCAGGUACCGGAUUGUCUGGCUCGACAGCGGGCAUCGGGUCACCAGGCAUCAGGUCAUUUGGCUCGACAGCGGGCACCGGAUCAGGUACCGGAUCAUCUGGAUCAACAGCGGGCAUCGAGUCAACUGGCCUAAUAGGAUCGUCAGGCUGGAUCAGUUCAUCAUGCUGGGUAGAGGCAUCAGGCCAAGUAGAGGCUUCAGGCCGAGUAGAGGCAUCAGGCCGAGUAGAGGCUUCAGGCCGAGUAGAGGCA